AUGGCGCAGAGGGAAAGCCGCUACAGGCGAGAUGAAAGGGACGAUGCCUCGCUCAGCGACAGCCCAAGUCUCAGCCUCAGCCCCCCGCCCGCCCGCCGCAGGAACAGGAGUGAACUACAUGGUCCCAGGGUGGAUAGAGGCGACGCCGACCCCGACGCCGACGCCGACCCUCGCGCCAGACCUAGCCCGAGGCUCGACAAGGACCGAGACCGAGACAGCUGGAGAGACCCCCGAGACCGAGGCGGACGCAGAGAGAGAGACAGGGGCCGGGAUAGCCCUCCCGACUUCUCCUCCAGACGGCAGAGCUUCACCGACCGCAUCCGACACUCCUGGAACGCCCGCAAAGACGCCAUGCGCGGUACCCCGCCGCCGUACCCCCCCAACUCGUCUUCGCAGCGUCGCAACUCCCGCGCGCCCUCCCGCCGUCCUUCAUCCGCGGUGGGCGUCCCCUCGCUCGACAACAAGGCCACCCCGCUCGCUAAAGUCCGCCAUUGGAUCGACAUGUGCAAUGCCGAGCACGGCGACCACUGCACCGGAACUCCCCCCGCAUCAUCUGCUGCCGGCGGCCCGAAUGGAGACUCGGACCUCGGACCCGAUCUUCCAUCUCCCGACGCCGCCGGUGAAUCCCCGACCUGGUUCCCCACCUGGCUCAUAGAUGCCGUCGAUCGCCGCCUCGUUCGCGCCCGUGCCGGCGAUCGCUACAUGGCCCUGACCUACGUCUACGAGCCCCCUCCUCUGUCGUCGGGCAACGCCACCCGGGAGACCAAGCGGGACAACGUCGAGAUGCUCACGGCGAGCCUCGACCAUGCCGAGAUGCCCCAGGCCAUCGACGACGCCAUCUGGCUCGCCCGCAAGCUGGGCAUCCGGCUCCUCUGGGUCGACCGCUUCUGCAUCGUCCAAGACGACGACGCCGAGCGCGACGAGUACAUCCGAAACAUGGCCUACGUGUUUGCCAACGCUUACCUCACCGUCGUGGCCGCCGCCGGGGAGAACGCCAACACCGGGCUCAGCGCCCUCGUCAGCCCCGGCGGGAGAGCCCCUCCGCCCGUUCCCAAGGAUGCGCUGGGACCCCCCGGUCGGCAGGGCCACCACGACAUGAUCACCAGUAGCCGCUGGCGCGAGCGGUGCUGGACCAUGCAGGAAGGCUUCUACGCCCGGAGGGCUCUCUUCGUCUUCGACAAGACCAUGACGUGGGAAUGCCACUGCCAGACUUGGAACCUCGCCGGCGACGUCGACGUGGCCGACGGUGCCGGUGCCGGUGCCAGUGCCGGCGCCGGCCCCACGUCCCCCGGAGCCGCCGCUGCUUCCAAAGUGCCCGGCUUGCAGCGCGUGCUGAGCCUCCGCGGUUCCUCUAGCGCGCCUGUCCCUCGGAAGGGGCGCAAUAACAACACGCAUCAGAAGUGCGCCGCCGCCCGCCCCCGUCCGGCUGCCUUGGGCUUCCGGCACGCGCCAUGGCCCGACUUGGACGAGUACGCACGUAUCUGCAUGGACUUCUCGGCUCGCCGGUUAUGCCGCGUCGAGGAUACGACCGCCGCCUUCCGCGGCUUCACCACUGUCCUGGACAAGACUUUCGCCGGCGGUUUCGUUUUCGGGAUGCCCGUGUUGUUUCUCGACGCCGCCCUGCUGUGGCGCCCGGCGGCCACGAUCCGGCGCCGCCAAAUCGCUCCCACCCUCGACUCGGGCGGCAUGAACCCCGUCCCCAGCUGGAGUUGGAUGGGAUGGUACUACGACGGCGUUUCCGUCGACUUGACAUUCUGGCGCGCCGCGGCCGACUACAUGCUCGAGGACGGGGCAAGGCCAUCUAAUGGGAAAGGCGGCGACGGCGGGCGCCGGGCCGGGGAGGACGAUAAGGGAGGGCGAGACCAGGACUCCUCCGCGCGGCGGCGGUUCCGUAACGUCAACGGGUUCCGAUUGCGAACGACAUGCCAGUUCCACUUGACUGACCGGGCGACGACGACGCCGCUACGAAACGAUGGCAUGCGUUACCGUGCCGUGCGUCACGCUCGCAGGAGUAACGGCGGAGGUUUGCCCCCGGGGUGGAGCAAGGUAGGCGGCGGCGGAGCAUUCCGGCAUAUCGUCGACCCAAGCGCGACUUUCCGGUAUCCCGUCCCGCUAGUGUCGGACACACCCCCGUUAGAGAUGCCCAUCGGCGGAGAGAUGGCGUAUCCCGGGACACUGCUUUCGUUCAACACUACAAGAGCCUUCCUAGAGGUCGAUUUUGCCGCCCCGUUCCCGGAACGACCGACAGGAGGCGAUCGUGGCGGAGGGCCUGGGUUCGGAGGAAUCCCACUGGCUAUCGGGAGCAUCUGGGCUCCCCGGUCAGGGCGGUGGAUUGGGUCGUUGCGAAGCCAUGACGCCUGGCUGGGCCUUCAGGGGGCUAACUACGAGAGCGAAGAGGGACGACUCGAGUUUGUGGCCAUAUCCGAAGGAAGCGAGCGGUCGAUUGAUGGUCCAACAGGAAGCGACGUCUUUGGGGCGGCGGGUGCCGACUUGAAAGAGUUGCGAGCCAACGCGGGCCCUGACGGCGUGGUCGAAUUUGUCAACGUACUCUGGGUCGAGCGGGUGGGUAGCGUAUGUUACCGCCGAGGAGUCGGACAUAUCUUCCUGCGAGCUUGGGAGGCUUUCGGGCAAGAGCGGGUGGAUAUACUACUCGGAUAA